AGUCCUGACGUCAGCUACCUGCCUCUGCUUCUUCCUCCUUCCGCAAACUACAAGAGGGGGGAACGUGGAUCAAAUCCCUAGCAACAAAAGGGGUAGGGAAACGAAGAAAUUUCUCGUGCUUUGUAUUCCAAGUCGCCUCCUCCUCUCUGUUCGCAUCCCGUCCGUCGCGAAACCCAGCGCUCUCAGGUGCACAAGAUCCAUGGCUUCAGACACUGGGAAGAAGCUCAUCCAGAUUGACGUGAGCUCGGAUACAGUGUGCCCUUGGUGUUUUGUUGGUAAAAAGAACCUCGAGAAAGCGAUGGAGCAAAGCAAGGACAAGUUUGAUUUUGAGGUUCGUUGGCAUCCGUUCUUUCUGAACCCUGAUGCGCCUAAGGAAGGCAUCAGGAAAUCUGACUUUUACAAGAUGAAAUUCGGCCCUGCUCAAUUUGAGCGUGCAACAUCUCGCAUGACAGAGAUAUUUCGAGGACUUGGACUUGAAUAUGACAUGUCAGGGUUGACUGGGAAUACAAUGGAUAGCCAUAGGCUCAUAACACUUGCUGGACAUCAAGGCUAUGGCAAGCAAAAUGCUCUUGUAGAAGAAUUAUUCCAGAGUUACUUUUGCCAAGGAAAGUAUAUCGGUGACAAGCAGGUUUUGUUGGAUGCUGCAAGAAAGGUGGGCAUAGAAGGCGCAGAAGAGCUGCUUGAAGACCCUACCAGAGGAGUCGAUGAGGUUCAGGAAGAACUCAACAAGUAUUCAUCUGGUAUUUCCGGUGUCCCUCACUUUGUGAUCAAUGGAAAAUAUCAACUCAGUGGUGGCCAGCCUCCAAGUACAUUCAUGAGGGCGUUUGAGAUGGCUGCAAAGGAUGGAGCUUAACGAUGGUCUAAGGAACAUCUAGUGUGCUUGUGUAUGUUUGAAGGAAUAAAAAUUGAAGUCCAGACUUUAACAAUAAGCUGGAGUACAAUUAAUUUAUAAAUGAUUUGCAAAAGAAUACAUGAAAUUAUUUGUCUCCAUAAUUGUGAUGUGGUCAUUAUUAGUGAACACAUUUGAAUAAAAUUCUGAGGUGAUAGGAUAUGGAAGAUAGAUCAGAAUGUUGAAAAAAGCAGAGUCUACUCUGUAUUCAUAUCUGAUGGGAAUGGGAUAUGCAAAGAUGUCCAACAAAGCA